UCUUCCCUCUCUCUUAACAACUUGUUUUUUGAAUUACAACUCUUAGCAUAUUAGGUGCACUAGUCAUAUGAGAUGCAAUCUGAUGUAUGUAUCCUAUGCUUUCAUGAAUCUUUCUCCCUCGUGCUACGGCUAAGUCGAACUUGUACACCCGUGCAUUCUAUUUCUUUUUCUCGAAUAACCGAAACAUGACAGAUAGGCAAUACUAAUUAAAUACAUACGUGCAUGUAUCUCAUUAUCCUAUAUUAUGAAGUACUCGUGAAGAUUGCGCGUUCUAUCAGUUGUUUGUUAUCAUUUCGGCUGUUAGGUUAAACCAGCAACUUGCAGUAAGUGAUAGACCGGUAAUUUAUCCUGUGAAACUUGUUUUAUAUAUUCUCUUCUCAGUGAAAAUGGGCACAGUCAGUGUCACUGUGUGUGUUAAGACAGAAUAUUUGCUUUCUUACUCCCUCUGUAAAGGGAGUACUUUCUACAUUACCGCAGCUAAAUUCAUGGCCUUCUAUAGCUCCCAUGUUAAGAUCUGCUGAGCUGAUGCCCCUGUUAUGUUUUCUAAUAUCGAGGUACUAUGGCAUUUAUGAAAUAUUAGCUUGCAUAGCUAUUCUAGUUUGAUUCGAGUUUAGCCAUGAGAUAAAGAUUUGAAGCGUCUGUUAAGAAUUCUAGCGCAUGUGUGGUGGCCCAUGAUGCAAUUAGCAGAGACAUGCCAAGAAGGCAACAGUUCUGCACGAGGGUUGAGGUGCGGGUGUAACCAUCACACGUUGACAACCAAAUUGCCAGGUUGCCAGAAGGUAUUUUGCCAAUCUUUAUUAUGAGACGAACCACUCGUGCGGAUACUUUGCCAUCUAUAGACGAGACAUGCACACGCUCUCCAUCUCGCUCAUUGAUGUCAGUUGCACUAACCAAAAUAAGAGAGCAGCCGUUUUGCCUAGGCGGCCGAUGAUUAGGCCGCAACAGAGGACUUGCUCCAUUAUUUCCUUUUGGUUCUCGACUAUAAAUAGAGCGCGCUGCAAAGUUCUCAACACCAACAAAUUAAGCGCAUCUGCCUUUCAUUCUCUCUUCCGUCACCACAAACAGAAAUAGUACAUCAUCAGUUGAGUUCAUCCAUUAGAAACAUGGCCUGCCAUCAAAGAUCUGCGAGUCUGCCUUCUAUCCCUCACUCCAGUGAAUCAAAAGUGGAGCUGGAGCUGCAGAGCCUGCCGACACGCAUAUCCUCGCCUUCCGCGACCAUCGACACGAUGUGCGGCGGUUUGAGGAGUCUCGGAGACAUCUACAGCUCCAUAGAAGAGAUCAUGAGCCUGCCCAGCAACCAAGUCCCCUUGCAAAGGAAGAUGGUCGAGGAAGAGCUCGACAGGUCACUUGUCCUGGUGGAUCUCUGCAAUGCCAUGCAGGAGAGCCUGGCAGAGCUGAAGGCAAGCAUCCAGGACCUGCAGCUCGCCCUCAAGAGAGGAGAUGGCGCGGCUGUCCAGAUCAAGAUCGAGUCCUUCAUUCGCCUCGCGAAGAAAGCGCAGAAGCCUUUCAAGAAGAUCGCAAGCGGCAAAGCUACCGUCGAAGGCUGCAGGACGGUGAGGCUACUGGUAGAAGCAAGAGACAUGGCGGUCUGUCUGCUUGAACCCACGUCGCGCCUCCUGCUGAAGCAAAUUGGGGUCGCCAAUGGAAGCAGAUGGUCUCUGGUCUCACAGAGGUUCCAGAAGAAGAGGGUUGUCUGCGAGGCGGCGAAGCUGCAAGUGCUGGAGCACAGCGUGGCCGACCUUGAGAACGGCGUCGAGUCCCUGUUCAGGAGGUUGAUCCAGAGCAGGGUUUCACUCCUGAACAUCCUUAGCUCCUAGAUGCUUCUCAACUCUCAAGCCUUGUUACUCUACCCAUCUUUGUACAUUAUACCAAACAUACAUACAAUGGAAUGAUGAUUACAUAGUUUUGAUCAUGUAUUUUGUCAACUGAUCACUUCUAUCCAUGUUUCUUUCUUGUUUACGAUGCUUCAACCAUGUCCAUACCGUGGAUUAUCUUUCUUUUGUGUAUAUGAUGGAUACAGUAGGAAACAAAAAAAAGGCUCAAUUUUCAGAAUCUAUUGUAUAUAUGCAUUAUGUUUAUUUAGAUCAUCUAAGAGAGGCAAAAAUAAGCAAUAUCUCUGUAUCUCAGCUCAUAUUCUAUUGCACGUGAAGUUCUCUCACGGCUCUUUUAGCGAGUUUCUGCUUGGGCUGGUCAAGAAUAAUGCUGAUCUUUCUGUUGU